CCGACCGGCAGCGUGUCCAGAUCCCUGUGACAUAUUGACGGUGUUCGUCUAAACAGGUUUUUAUGAUAAACUCACGAUGUCUUGGGUCAAAGCAGUUUCGCACAGUGAAGAAGAUGUUUUCGACGAGAACGCGGACGACAUCAGUUUGCUCACGAGAGAGUGGACAUCCAACAUGAAGAGGCGAGUCAGGGAUGGUUAUGUAGACGGAGUAGAUGACGGGGAGGAAGCCUCACUCCAGGUCGGUUUCAACAUGGGCUUCAGUGAAGGAGCAGCUCAGGUUGCCCCUGUGGGCCGUCUCAAAGGCAUUGUAAGUGCUGUAUGCUGCUGGUGCCAGAUCCAACAUCCGGAAAGUCCCGUCCCAGCCUCUGUGACUGACCUCCUGCAGCGGGUUUCGCAAUAUGAAGACACGGUCAUGGACGGCAUCAGGCAGGUGUUGGAGAAUCCUCCUCCCAGCGUGAGCGACAUCUCUGAGAGCAUGGAGGAUCUUGAGGUGAAGCAGGCAGAUCCAGGCUGUCAUGGAGAGGGAUGUAAAGAAACAGACUGCUGCAGGGGAGGAGAAAAAAUGGACCUGGACCUUCCUCACCAGCAGCAAAAGCCCUGUUCUGGGUCCGCUGACUCGUCCUCCAGCUCAAGUGAAAGCCUGAACUACCUUUUGCAGCGCUGCGUUGAUCUGGUGUCAGAGCUCGGACUGCCGCAGGAGCUCAUCGGUCACAUACAGGAGCUGAAGAACAUGUAGUGUUGAGCAUCAGGACAACUGCACAGGCACAUGAACUAUGAAACAAGACAGGUUUUAGUGUAAAUUUCUUACACAGGGCGAUGAAGUGUUUGAUGUAUAUGGUACAAUAUAGAAUUUUGCAUUCAAAAUUUGUGUAAGAUGGUUGAAGAAUAUUUGAAAAUAAAAAAGGCUUUACUAUUUUUUCUACA